ACCUAUACAUGAAUCGGAAUCCAACUACAUAUAAAUCAAUUAUAUCACUGCGCUACAUUCCGGUCCAUGUUUGUCUAGUCAUGGCGGCCAAAACAAAGCGUAGAGAAAAUGUUUCCUCUGUUUGAACUAGCUAAAAUAUUGAAGUAUGGUGGCUCGGGCAACGGGAGCAGCAGACAGAAUGCAACUGUGAGACGAUGUGCAUGGAAAGAAGUUGGAGAAAUGAGCCAGUUGGCUCUGUACUUCUCAAACGAUUACCUGCUCCUGCGGUACUGUAUCAGAGGGCGCGCCCCAGUAGUACGCCAGAUCCCAUGGCUACCAGAUCAACCCAUUGUGGACCUUUGCUUUGAUGCUACAGGCACAUGGCUGCUAGUGAUCACAGUGAAGACACAUCUCUUCAUCAUCCCUGUGCUCACUUUGAUGAACCCCAGUGCACAUGUGAACCAGCUGUGGAAGACAGAUGAUGUGACAGAGAUCAAACCAGUGCUGGGAAAGGGUGGCCGCAGUCCCACAUGUGUAACCUGGUGGUAUACUCUCAGUGAUCAGCACAUUGCGGUGGUAGGAACACAGCAAGGAGAUAUUUUAUGUGUUGACCUACUGCGUAAUAUAGUUUUGGGUGAGACAUCUAUCCCAGAAGGCAUUGUGAAGAUCGAUCUUGUUCAGGAUGAUAGGCAGUCUGUUACCUAUGCUCUGAUCUCCACCAGGUCAGGGUCUCAGUGGAAACUGCUGUUAGAACAGAAGAACAUGGAGAUUCACUGGGUGGAAGAUAGAGGUGUGCAUGAACAGAUGGAUGGGAGACCUGUGUUACCUAUCUAUAACUUUGUGAACCAGACAGUUUCAGAGGAACUGUCCCACGACUUCAUUCCUCUGAAAUUCUACAAUUUUGGUAAAGGAAUCACUUUGUCAGCACAGUAUGCCAGGGGAAGACACUUUGUGGCAGCACAUGAUUGUAAAUCACAGACAUAUCAGGUUUAUGACAGUAAUUUAGAGCACAACCCCCUGUUUGUGUAUAAGAUUCCAGCAAACACAGAAAAUUUACUCCUGACAGACAAGCUCAUGUUCAUGACCCAGAUGGCUGAUGGGAAAACACAGCUGAUGCUCUUGUCCAAUCAGAUGUCAGAGACUUCCCUUGACGAUCAUAUAAACUUUAACAAGGAUGCCAUAGUCCAGGCCUUUGGAUUUCCAGCAAGUGAAAGCAUUGUGGCAGUUUUUAAGAGAUCUUAUCCCUUUUACUGGCAUGAAAAGCGGGAAGAGGAGCUCUUGCAGAAGUCCGCCUCUGCAUCCAGCAGGGAGUUUGUUAAGAAAGAUGAAAAAUUGGCCACAGAUGCAAACAAAAGAAGAUCAGGUGGCACAUCCCAAGAGAAACCCAAGUCUGAGCUUGAGGCUGUAGAGCUAAGUGCUGCCUACAGUAUCCAGAUAUCAACCCACACUGUGUUGGAUGGUUGUAUUGUGGUAACACAGGAUGGGGCUUAUGAAUGCAGACCCAGGGUAUCUCCAGAGAGGUAUUUCCUGGACUUAGCGCUCACGACCUCGGACUCCCACCAGACGGAGCUGCUGGGCAUCAUGCUGAGCUUGGACAUCAACAUGCUCUAUGAGCUGGCUGCAGAGUACAGGCUGGCCAGGGGGGACUUUGUACAUUCUAUUAGGUUGUACCAGUUGUCCAAGUGUCCAUACAUCAAGAGAGUUGCCAACUUUGCCCACUACGGCCGCAUCCCAGAGGUCAUGAACUAUCUGAAACAGGUUCUUGGUAAUCGGAGCUUGGAUCUGAACACGUCGGAGAAGAAGCAGCUGGCGGACAUGGCACUCCACUGUUAUGUGCACCAGAUAGUGACAUCCAAUGGGAAGGACAAGGGUCUUGUUCAGGCACUCAGGGACUUCUUGCUGAGCAGUUUCUCCUAUGAUGAGAUGACUGCUCUCACCUUGCUGUCAAUGCACAACUUGAUGGACUUGCUCUUUGAACUGGCCAAGAGUCGUGGUCUGAUAGGAGAUGCCUUGGAGCUGCUGGUCCAGCAGGGUCAUGUGACCUUCACCACCCCACAGCUGGACAUCCUGGCUCAGAAGGGAGUGUCCAUACAUCUAGCCAGGGUCAGAGAUGGUACUUUCUUAAGGUGCAUGUCAACAGAAGACUUUGUCAACUUUCUUCUGGAGAAACCUCAGCUGGCCAUGCAGUUCGUGCCUCAGCUGUCCAUUGCUUUGUCCAGUAUGGACUUGAACACACUGCUGCAGGUGGCUCAGCUGUUUGACCCUUCCAAACAAGUGGUCAGAGAGAUAAUGGCCAAAGAACUGGACAACGAGGGAUGGGGGAGGAGGAAGAACAGGAGAUCCCAUAGUGUAUCCAGCAUGUCAUCUUUCAUGUCCUCUGUAUCUUCAAUGAGUGAUCACAGCGAGAGUGCUGGAGAUGUCACGAUGCCGAGUGUGUCAGAAUUGGUUCAUUUUUUUAUCCUGGUUGUACUGCACUUGAAUGAGAAACACAGACAGCCAAAGUUUAGCACUGAUUUCUUAGAGGAGGACAUGUCAUAUGAGGCAGAAAGUGAUGAUUUAGAAACAAGUUUUUCCAAGAAGCCACGACUUCUGACUCUGCAGCCGGCAGCUAUUGGAUGUGGUCAGAACCACAGCGCUCUGGCGAGGAAUGGUGACCUGUACACCUGGGGAAACACUGACCAUGGCAGGCUGGGCCAUGGAGACAUCACCACACCACAUGGGCUGUCACAAGUACAGAGAGUGGAGACACUGCACAUGCUGAAGAUACAGGUUGUCUCAGUGUCUUGUGGAGCUCAGCACACCCUAGUAUUGUCCAAUCAGGGGCUGUACAGUUGGGGCAGCUCACAGUAUGGCCAGGUGGGUGCUGGUCAGAGACAAAAGUACACUCGACCCAUGUUACUGGACAGUGUCCAGGAUGUCCAGUUUGUGAGUGUGUCAUGUGGUCAGUAUCAUUCCAUGGCACUGGCAGCAGAUGGCAGGGUGUUCACUUGGGGGUGGGGAGUCCAUGGAAAUCUGGGGCAUGGUAAUGUGGAGGACUGUCUGAUACCAACCAACAUCCAGGCCUUGAAUGACAAACAAGUGACCAGGAUAUCAGCUGGUUAUAGUCACUCAGUGGUCUGCACAGCUAGGGGUGAAGUGUACACAUUUGGCUGUGGGAUGUUUGGACAGCUUGGACAUGCCAAGACAGAGAAACGAACCUUUCCAAUCAAAGUGAAUGGAAUUCCAGAACCUGUCCACACUGUGGCCACCAAAUACUUUCACAAUAUAGCAGUUACAAUAGACAACCAAGUCUAUGUGUGGGGUGCCAGCCCCCAAGUCUUGCGCUACAUGGCUCACCUGACACGACGACAGCGUAUGAGUGCCACAGGGUCUGUACAUGGGGGUCCUCAGCGGCCUCCUGACAUCCCCAAACACCUGUUGCCUCAGCUGGUUGAUACCACUAUGGUGUUUGAUAAAAUUGUACAGGUCUCCUGUGGCAAUAACCACAGUGUGAUGAUAACCCAGGAUGGGGAGAUGUAUUCCUGGGGAAAGAACUAUGAUGGCCAGCUUGGCUUAGGAAGUAAAAUGGAACAGACGCAGCCCACCAUGGUAGUGUCUGUGAAUGACAAGAAGAUCGUUCACGUCUGCUGUGGAGCAGAGUUCGCCAUUGCUCUGGAUUCUGAGGGUGCGGUCUACAGCUGGGGAAGAAAUGACACAGGACAGCUGGGAUGGUCAGAACAUUUGGAAUCAACCAGCAAAUACUCCAACAGACGACCCAAACAUUCCAGAGACCGCAGCUCUGGGGGUUUUGAGAGGGAAUUCUUGGUGCCCACUCAGCUGAAAGGGUUCCCAUCUCUGACCAUUCUUAGCAGGAAACUUUUAAUGCCCAAGACCAAGAGAAAACACAGCCAUGACAGUUCAGACUGGUGGUCUGAUGACUGCUAUGAGGAUGUCAGCGAUUCCUUGGAGAUCCCAAACCUGUCAACUGUUGUUGAUCCUCCGUAUGGUUCCCAGGUCAUUGCUGUUGUCUUGAAGCAUAUGUCUAGUUUCUGUGAACCUACAAAAUUGUUGCGGAUGUGCAUAGAUCAUGAGGACUGUCAGUCUGCAGCAGAUGUCUGCCAGUCAGGGGGGCUCUACUCGCAGGCGCUAUACUACCGUCUAAGAUGGCUGUCCCAGUGUGCUGGACAGGUGGAGAAUAUGUGUCAAACUGCAGCAAGGAUUAUCACUUUUUACCUGAAGCAUGUCAGCUUAUCUAGUGGUCUUCAUCAGAACCACUACCAGAGGGAGCCAGCUAAGGAGACCAUAAGACAGACAUUAGGACACGUGUUUGAUUUUUGGGACCGCCAGAAGUUGCCAGUCUCAGACUUGGAGUCCUUGCUGAAUUCACACAUGGACCAAAUUGCAUACCCUCUCAGCUUAAUGGCCAUCAGAGAAAACAGUGAGUUGAAUGAGGAUGAAGUAUCGACUGAUCCUAAACUUGGCAAUAUUCCAGAAGAGAUCAAAAAACAAUUCUCUACCAAGUUUCUUCUCGGUCUGACAGCAAAUGUAGUGAACCGAAUAGAAAAAGGUCAAGGUUGUGAAGAAUACUGUCAGAUCUUGUCAGGUGAGACAGCUGGACUGAAGGUGGAGCCAGAACAAAAUCUUAUACCAAUAGACAAACUCUGGCAGGAGAUCCUUCAGAACCUCAGCAAAGAUGUGGAAAAGAGGAGCCAUAUAACAAUGUCCACUAAUGAGAUAGAAUAUCUCACUGCAGCAAGGCCAUCUUUUCUACAAACCAACGAAGAGGUUUCUAGCUCCCCUCAGCCAGUCAGGGCAGUGCUUUUCACGUGUGGACACAACUUCACUGAAAAGAUGUUUUUAGAUACGACCCUGACCCAGUUGUCUAAUGACCUCACUAAAGGUCGUCUGCCACUCAAUAAUAGUGCAAUGUUGCUAUCACAGUAUUACAAGAAGAAAGGCUAUAUUCCUAUGGCAUGUCCUAAGUGUGUGUUUGCUACUGUACAAGACAUACCAGUGGCAUGACCUACAUUACAGACUGUAGGAUGUUCAAAGAUAAUUUAGAUCUAUUUAACCCAGCUGAGAAAAAAAUUUCACACGAAAAGCCUAAUAAGCAUAAGCUGUCAGAACCUUGCUAGUUUCAAAGUUAAAAACCUUUAUGGUGUAAUUUGAAAACCAUCUAUGAAGGAAUUGUGAAUUCACAUGUCCAAGGGCCCAAGUGAACAAAUUAAAAUGGGCUAAACUAGAGUUAGGGUCUUUCAGGAUUACAGGGGACUGGUACGUACUUCUUUUAUACAGAUUACAGGUUUUCUUCAAACUGAUGACAGAUUGUUACUUCCCCCAUAUUAAAAACCUGAGCUGGAUACAUGUUUGAGUCAAAGUAAAUUAAGUAUGGCAUUUGGCAAACAUUACGUAAGUAUUAGGAUUUUUGGGUAAUAUUGAAGAUACAUCAAUUGUCAUAUUUUUCAUAGCAUAAGGUGCCAGAUUUGCAUAAUAUGGUACCUUCAGAUGAGGCUUAAGUUUUAAUUUUGAAAAUAACUAAAAUGCUCUUUAAAAAAUCGAAUAGUAAAUCAUUCAAAUUAGCCAUAAUUUGUGAAUCUGGUGCAAUACAAGGUGUGUACAACAGUAAUAAGUAAUAAUA